ACGCGCACCUCCAGUCAUCGACGCGCACGCGUCCACGACGCACGACUUGUCCGAUCACUCCUCCUUAGACACGCGCGUGACAUCGGGAUGCGCGCGGCACCGUGACACGGGGGCCCAACUCGAAAACGAAAGUCUCACCUCGGUGCUUUUGCUCCUCUCCUUCACGCUUACUCUACUGGAGAUUAUAUAAGUGAUGAUGAUACGCGGAACGGUCGACCUGGCGGGAUCGGCUUUUUUCCUGGCGGCCCUGCUUAUGGUAUGGAUUUGCCCAGCCAUCGGUCAAACGGACUUCUCGUUAUUGAAGCUGGGCGACGAAUGCAACAGAGACAGAGACUGCGAGGCCAGUAUCGUCCGGAGCCAGUGUUACCUCGGCUAUUGCACUUGUCAACCUUUCUUUGCCCAAUACAAUGCCACGCAUUGCCUUGAGUCAACCCUGUUGGGCUACGGAUGCAUGGUGGACGAGCAAUGUUCGCUCAGGGUGGCCAACAGCAGCUGCCACGAGAACCAGUGCAAGUGCCAGGAGGGAUACUUGCAGUACCGCCGGCAUACGUGCUUGAGCCCGGCAAAGUUGGGCCAGGUCUGCUACAGCAACGCUCACUGCCAGCUCUGGGACAGCGACACCCACUGCGACUUUCUCAUACCGGAUCUGUUCGGGCGCUGUCAAUGUACGGCUCCGAUGCGUCAGGAUGGUGAAGUCUGUCGCCCGGACCGACUGGUGAGGCCCCCGGUACCUGUGAGCCUACAACCCGUUUAUCCACCGGCCAGCGACAACGAGCUCGAGGACGCAGGGACGCGCCGCGACGCCGGUUUCACGACAGCAACGCCUGACGAGGAGGACACUGGUGUCCAAUUGUCCUGGUUACGGAAUGCUACGAUUCUUCUGUCGACAGUACCACCCACACAGUUAAUGCCAAUAAAUCUCGUCACUAGACCUUCCUUACGUGCAGAACUGCAACCAAAUGAACUUUUGGAUAAUGACUCUAUCGUCGUCGAAGCUGAUAUUGCGGAACUCCCGCAAACUACUACAACUUCAACUACGGUAGCGGCUCCAACAAAGACCGAUCGACACGAGGGCGAGUCCUUCAGCCCCGUGUCUCUGGGAUUGGCCUGUGCCUGGGAUGCCGAGUGCCGUAUGGCCGACCCGAAUUCCCGCUGUCUUGAUGGGGUCUGCGAGUGCGCGCGCCGCGCCGGCAACGGUACCUGGUGCAGCGCCCGUAGGACCGGUUGCGCCCCUGGUACCUUCCAGUGUCGCGGCACCGGCGCCUGUAUCAGCUGGUUCUACGUGUGCGAUGGGCGGCACGACUGUGCCGACGGCUCCGACGAGCUCUGCGUUCUCGGCAGACUCCAGUCCGACUGCCCGGCCCAGGCCUUCCGGUGCAAGAGCAGCGCCACCUGCGUGUCCAGGGCGUCGCUCUGCGACGGAACCAGGGACUGUCCCAACGCCGAGGAUGAGGCCGGAUGUAGCGACCGGAGAAAAUGUCCGGACGGGGCCUUCCGCUGCAAUAAUGGCCAGUGCCUGCCCGCUUACGAGUUCUGCAACGCCGUCGUCUCCUGCAGGGACGGCAGCGACGAGCCUCGUGGCGCCUGUCGCACCCGGAACCGCAGCCGCCUCUCGCCCCGUUACUGCCCCUUCAAGUGCGCCAACGGACGAUGCCGCUCCGACGCCAUCACCUGCAGCGGCAAGGACGGCUGCGGCGAUAACUCCGACGAAACCAAUUGCGCUGUCUGCAAAUGUGCUCCAAUGCUCUAAUCCCCAUCUUGGGAUGUUCGUGUCGUUGGAGAAUUUUCCACAAUGUUGUACAGAAGAAACAAAAACAAUAAUAAAAACAACAACAGCACCAACAGACAACAAACAUAAAAAUAUAAAGAAGGAAUUAUAAGAGUGAAUAAAUGUAAAAGUGCGCGACGUAGUAAUCAUCUAUUCGCAAAUAUAGGUCGUUUUAGCCGCACCGAUGACCAAAGAUCAAAUAACCUGAACCGAACCCAUUCACGGACAAUGCAUCUUAAAAAGCUCGUCCUUUGAUUUUUCGUCAUUUACACAGAAACAAAC